AUGGGUCCCUGUACGGCCUCCCAUUGCUGCUGUCUCCAUCGCCACACUCUGCCAUGUGCCACUUUCAGGUCUCCUCACACUCCUGCUGGUUUCCAUUUUGUCAUAGGUUGCUGGCAGAUUACAGGCCUUCCAUAGGUGCCGCCAGGCCCCAUAUCGGCCAUGGGCCCCCGUACCUCCUGGUCACGCUGCUGCUGAGCCCACAGUGUGACCUGGGUCCCUGUACGGCCUCCCAUUGCUUCCACUCUGCCAUGUGCCACUUUGAGGUCUCCUCA